AUGUCAAAUCUGAACCGCACUCGUGACCGUAUCACCCCUCGUUUUGUGAGCGUGGAGAACGUGGAAAGCGAUGCCGAAGCGGAAAGCGAAAAUAGUAACCAGGGGGAGGACAUCCCAGUUCAUGAAGAGAAUUUCCCCGACAACAAUGAUGAGGCGGAAUCAUUCCUUCAACCUAUGUGGUCAACACCAGAGCUGCUGGAUCAUACUGCAGAAACAUCUGGCUUGCCAAUGGAAGGAGUUCCUCUGGCUUGGCGUGGAAACAACACCGGGAAAUCACUGAUAGUCGGAUAUGCGUGUGAAGGGUUCGUUACUGGACGAUUGAUCCCAGCGGCCCGGCGUCCCAUUCCCUCUCGAGCACCUAAUAUAUCAGAGCAAAGUCUUGCUCGCCGAAAUGGAGAUGUUCGGACCGAGCGAGAUAUUAAAGCUUGGGGAAUGGUCGCAUGGCGGGUUGAUAAGAUGUCGAUCAGCCAGGACCCAAUAUCCUUAUUAAUACCAAUGACUGGAGCAUGGUAUCCAGAGACGUACGUCUAUAUUUUUUGGUGGAGAGGAGAUGAGAGCUGGGAAUCGCGGCAUAAUCUUCGAUAUGUUUGUGCUAGCAACCACCUAAAGACAGACAUGUUAAUCUACAAUGUGGCGAAGGAGCAAGAGGCCAACUAUCGCGAGGCACUUACAGGAGUGAGGCCAGACUAUCCUCCAGCAACUACCCAAAUGAUAAACAAUCAUUGGAAAAAUGUGAAUGCAUAUCGAGGUGCACACUGGAUUCAACCACGUGCUGAGAAAAACAGACGCAUAACGGGAAUUGAAUUUGAACCAGUUGUCAAGGAAGAAGACAACUCUCCCGAGUUCGACAAUGAAAUAGCUUCGAGACAAGGUUCCAUUGUCGGCAGCAACAGUGAUGCCUUCGAAGAAGCUGGAGAAGAAUAUGACGAAGGAUAUCAUGAUGGCUCCAAUGAGGGUGAUGAUUUUGAGGUCGAAGAGGUGGUUCGGCGUUAUUUGACCCCUAUUGAUGAAGAAGGUGAGAGCAGGGAUUUCUUCACGCCUGAGGUCACCCCCAGCCGAGCCCGAGGGCGUGGUGAAGCACAGCAAAGAUAUGGUAUUUCUACUCCCAGAGCGACCAGGUCCCCUAGCUUUGGUCACCUAUUCCAGGGGAAUAGAGGCCAGGCCCGACAGAUGCCAGAAACGCCACGUAAUCGGCACAUUCCGCGCUCCAGCCAGGGUAACUCCAACCGCUCCAAUCACCCGAACCGGGGCGAUGAGCAGCGGACACCACAAUCCAGCCGCCCUCAUCGCUUUAAUCAGGACAAUCAGCGGCUACGGACUCCGCAGUCCACUCAGGGCAACCGCUCGAACCAGGGCGAUCAGCAGCGACAGACCCCACAAUCCACUCAGGGCAACCGCUCGAACCAAGGCAAUCAGCGGCUACGGACCCCGCAAUCCACUCAGGGCAACCGCUCAAACCAGGGUGAUCAGCAGCGACAGACACCACAAUCCACUCAGGGCAACCGCUCAAACCAGGGUGAUCAGCAGCGACAGACACCGCAAUCUACUCAGGGUAACCGCUCGAACCAGGGCGAUCAGCAGCGACAUACCCCACAAUCCACUCAGGGUAACCGCUCGAGCCAAGGCAAUCAGCAGCGACAUACCCCACAAUCUACUCAAGGUAACCGCUCAGGCCAGGGCGAUCAGCAGCGACAGACACCGCAAUCUAGCCGCUCUAAUCGCCCCAACCAGGAAAAUCAGCGGCAACAGACCCCGCAAUCCACUCAGGGCAACCGCUCGGGCCAGGGCGAUCAGCAGCGACAGACACCGCAAUCUAGCCGCUCUAAUCGCCCCAACCAGGAAAAUCAGCGGCAACAGACCCCGCAAUCCACUCAGGGCAACCGCUCGGGCCAGGGCGAUCAGCAGCGACAGACACCGCAAUCUAGCCGCUCUAAUCGCUCAAACCAGGGUGAUCAGCAGCGACAGACCCCACAAUCCACUCAGGGCAACCGCUCAGGCCAGGGCGAUCAGCAGCGACAGACACCGCAAUCUAGCCGCUCUAAUCGCUCAAACCAGGGUGAUCAGCAGCGACAGACCCCACAAUCCACUCAGGGCAACCGCUCAGGCCAGGGCGAUCAGCAGCGACAGACACCGCAAUCUAGCCGCUCUAAUCGCCCCAACCAGGAAAACCAGCAGCGACAGACCCCACAAUCCACUCAGGGCAACCGCUCGAACCAAGGCAAUCAGCGGCUACGGACCCCGCAAUCCACUCAGGGCAACCGCUCAAACCAGGGUGAUCAGCAGCGACAGACACCACAAUCCAUCCGCUCUAAUCGCCAACGAACAUCGCAAGGUAGCGAAGGAGACCAGCGCAGUGCAGGAUUAGACAUUGCCCUAGCUGAGGACAACCAGAGUCAGCACCAACAGCGACGCGGUCCAGGUCGCCCCCGCCGUGACCUCCGCAAUCCACCAAGUAACCUACCCACACGACGUAGCACUCGAAUAACUCGAGUCCCAACAGGGCCUUAG